AUGCCACCAAAAAGAUGGUUUUACACAGAAUCUAAUCGACAUUUUAUAAAGACCAUUAAUCGGCUGAGAGCAAAUCACGCUCUUACGCCAUCUUACAUGCAUGGAAUCGGCUUAUCAAAUACUACCAAUUGUACUUGUGGCAAAAUAGGCGAUCUAACACAUAUUGUAUUAGAAUGUGAUUUACAAUUCAAUAAUAUAAACGAACUUUAUAAGGAAUUAAUAAAUUCUAAGUGUUGUUUUCCAAUAAACAUUAAUCUUUUAAUAUUUUCAAAUAAUAUGGAAAUUCUUCAUUGCAUUUACAAACAUGUAAAAAUAUCCUCCUACAACGUGUACCAUUCACCACAGUUGGGAAAAUCUGCAGGUUUGGUUGACCGACCCAAUGUAGCAUUCAGAAACUCUGAGUCCUUUUCUUCUGGACCACAAAUUCCUAUUUUAAGACUCACUAGUGAAAACAAUGGAGAAGGCAGUUACAGAUUUGCGUAUGAAACCGAUAAUAACAUAUUGCACGAAGAAGAAGGACAUCAAGAAACUUUUGGAGCAGAACAAGGCAACGUAGUGCAUGGCAGCUACACUUACCAAUCCCCUGAAGGUCAAACGUUUACUGUUAACUACAUCGCUGACGAAAACGGCUUUCGCGCUACUGGAGACCAUCUACCGGUCGCACCUCCAGUGCCAGAAGCUAUCCAGAAAUCCCUUAACCUUAACGUAAUCGCUAAACAGAGCCUUGUGGAUGUUAGCAGAACGAGCAACGAAGACCACAUCGGCGCUAAUAGUGAUCAUUCAGAAGCUCACGAUUUAAAUUCUAUCGAAGUUGGUAGAAAUGAUGGUAUUAAUGUUAAUAGACAAUACUUGGGACCAUUCAAGAAUAACAAUAAUAACAAUAAUGGAUAUAGGUAUUAG